CUUACUUCAAAGCAAUAGUCAGCCCUCUUGCUCGAAGAGAGGUGUUGACAAUCUCCACCAGCAAAGGACCCAGUACUUUCUCACUGGCCUGCGCCAGCUAGGAAGGACCCGGAUCCAAAGCAGAAGCUAUGAGACAAAAUUCUCUCACUAUUUCCAAUUAAAGUGGGGUCUGAAAAUGAAAAAAUGUCUGAUGCGAAUGGAAGAGCUGGUGAUGCUGCUGUACCAGACCAGGAUUGUGAAUCCAAAGACAAAUGUGAGGACGAGAAGAAGCCAAAGAAACCUAAUGUGGUCAGCCCAUUAACAAUGUUUCGGUACUCUGAUUGGUUGGAUAAAUUACUAAUGGUUCUUGGCUCUGCCAUGGCAAUCCUUCAUGGUGCAGCUCUCCCAAUCAUGAUGAUAAUCUUUGGAGAUAUGACAGAUAGCUUUGUUAAUCCAGGAAACAUAUCUAAUCCAGGGAAUAUUUCUUUUAAUCCUUAUCAGAAACUUGAGGAACAAAUGACCAGCUAUGCAUACUAUUAUUCUGGAAUAGGAGCUGGCGUUCUAUUUGCAGCCUACAUGCAAGUUGCAUUUUGGACACUGGCAGCUGGCCGGCAAAUUAAGAAAAUCAGACAACAAUUUUUCCACUCAAUAAUGCGACAGGAAAUUGGGUGGUUUGAUGUGAAUGAUGUUGGGGAACUCAACACUCGACUUAUAGAUGAUGUGUCCAAAAUUAAUGAAGGAAUUGGUGACAAAAUUGGAAUGCUCUUUCAGGCAAUAGCUACAUUUCUCACAGGAUUUAUAGUUGGUUUCACAAAAGGAUGGAAAUUAACCCUUGUAAUACUGGCAGUCAGUCCUGUCCUGGGACUCUCAGCUGCUCUCUGGGCAAAGAUACUCUCUGCAUUCACUGACAAAGAACUAACUGCAUAUGCAAAAGCAGGAGCUGUUGCAGAGGAAGUUCUGGCAGCAAUUCGGACUGUUAUUGCUUUUGGAGGACAGAAAAAAGAAAUCAAAAGGUAUCAUAAAAAUUUAGAAGACGCCAAAAAUAUUGGAAUCAAGAAGGCUAUUACAGCCAACAUUUCUAUGGGUAUUGCUUUCUUACUGAUAUAUGCAUCAUAUGCAUUGGCAUUUUGGUAUGGAGCCACUUUGGUGCUAUCUGAUGAUUAUACUAUUGGAAAAGUCCUUACGGUCUUUUUUGCUAUAUUAGUUGGAGCAUUUAGUGUUGGACAGACUGCACCAGGUAUGGAGGCAUUUGCUAAUGCAAGGGGAGCCGCCUAUGCAAUCUUUAAUAUCAUAGACAAUGAACCUCAAAUUGACAGUUUUUCAGAGACUGGCUACAAACCGGACCACAUUAGAGGGAAUUUGGAAUUCCGCAAUGUUUAUUUCAAUUAUCCAUCUAGGCAAGAUGUAAAGGUAUUGAAAGGCUUGAAUCUGAAGGUUAAUUGUGGCCAGACAGUAGCCUUGGUUGGUAGCAGUGGCUGCGGGAAAAGUACAACUGUUCAACUGAUCCAGAGAUUUUAUGAUCCAGAGAAGGGCGUGAUUACUAUUGAUGGGCAGGAUAUUAAGACCCUAAAUUUAAGAUAUCUGAGGGAGAUUAUUGGUGUGGUGAAUCAGGAGCCUGUGCUAUUCGCUACUACUAUUGCAGAAAACAUCCGCUAUGGCCGUGAAGAUGUCACUAUGGAAGAGAUUGAAAAAGCUGUCAAGGAAGCCAAUGCCUAUGACUUUAUCAUGAAACUGCCUGAUAAGUUUGAAACCAUGGUUGGAGAAAGAGGGGCACAACUGAGUGGAGGUCAGAAACAGAGAAUAGCUAUUGCACGAGCCCUGGUUCGCAAUCCCAAGAUUCUUCUGCUCGAUGAGGCAACUUCAGCUUUGGACACUGAAAGUGAAUCAGUUGUGCAAAGAGCACUGGAUAAGGCUAGAGAAGGCCGCACCACCAUUGUAAUAGCUCAUCGUUUGUCUACAGUCCGAAAUGCAGAUCUUAUAGCUGCAUUUGAAGAUGGAGUCAUCACAGAACAAGGGACCCAUCAUGAACUGAUGAAAACAAACGGAAUUUACUGCAAACUUGUUAACAUGCAGACAAUAGGAACUGAAGUUCAGUCAGAAGAAGAAGCUGAAAACACCACCAAAGUGGCACUGAAAGAAUCAAUAGGAAAUGGCUUGAGAAGGAGAUCGACUCGAAAAAGCAUCAAAAAGUCAGAAAUACAGGAUGAUAGCCUUGAUGUGAAAACUGUUCAACCUGAUGAAAAUGUGCCUCCAGUUUCAUUUCUGAAAGUUAUGAAGAUGAACAAAACAGAAUGGCCUUACUUUGUAGUUGGAACUUUUUCUGCAAUUAUCAAUGGAGCUUUACAACCUGCAUUUGCAAUAAUAUUUUCAGAAAUUAUAGGGGUUUUUGCAGAACCAGACAAGACAGUUGUAAGAAACAAGUCCAACUUGUAUUCACUGCUAUUUUUAGCACUUGGGAUCAUUUCUUUGGUUACUUUUUUCCUUCAGGGUAUUUUCAGCUAUUGUAUUUGGUGCAAUGGCACUAGGACAGGCCAGUUCAUUUACUCCAGACUAUGCCAAAGCCAAGAUGUCAGCAGCACACCUGUUCAUGCUGUUUGAAAGAGCCCCCUUAAUAGACAGUUACAGUGAUGAAGGACUGAAGCCUGAUAUAUUUGGUGGCAACAUAGCAUUCAAAGAAGUGAUGUUUAACUAUCCAACUCGACCAGAUGUCCAAGUGCUUCAAGGUUUGAAUAUUAAUGUAGAAAAAGGACAGACACUGGCGCUUGUAGGCAGCAGUGGCUGUGGAAAGAGCACUGUUGUUCAAUUGCUUGAGAGAUUCUAUGAUCCUCUUAAUGGAGAACUGCUGCUGGAUGGCCAAAAUGCAAAGGCAUUAAAUAUCCAAUGGCUUAGAGCUCAGAUUGGUAUUGUCUCACAAGAGCCAAUCCUGUUUGACUGCAGUAUUGCUGAGAAUAUUGCAUAUGGAGAUAACAGUAGAGAGGUGUCAUCUGAAGAGAUUGUAAAUGCAGCAAGAGCAGCCAACAUACAUUCCUUCAUUGACUCUCUGCCAAAUAAAUAUAAUACCCGUGUGGGAGACAAAGGAACUCAGCUGUCGGGUGGUCAGAAGCAGCGUAUUGCUAUUGCUCGAGCUCUUGUACGUCAUCCUCAAGUUCUGCUACUGGACGAAGCCACAUCUGCUCUAGAUACAGAAAGUGAAAAGGUUGUCCAAGAAGCACUGGAUAAAGCAAGACAAGGUCGCACCUGUAUUGUAAUAGCUCAUCGCCUGUCCACUGUGCAGAAUGCUGACAAGAUAGUGGUAAUCCAGAAUGGAAGGGUCGUAGAACAAGGAACACAUCAGCAACUCUUGGCUGAAAAAGGCGUCUACUAUUCUCUAGUUAAUGUUCAAGCUGGACCAUGAAACGUGAAUUAAAAGCAGUGCCAUAUUUCUGAAGUGUUAUUGUGCAAUUGUUUUAAUACUUUGCAAAAGACAGUAUUAGCAAUCAGUCUUAGUACCUUUGUUUUUAGGAAACCCUGUAAAGAGAAGAAGUCCUGUUAAACCCUGGAAAGCCAAGAAACACUGAACCAAACAUAUAUCAAUGUCCUCAAUUAUUACAUAAUCUAAACACUUAGGCCUGCAGCUCCAGCCACUAAGAGUUCUGUUACUGGUUCUGUCACUGUCUUAACCUGUUGUCAUAACCUGGCCCCGUUUCCCUCUAGUCUGGAUGGAUACAAGUUUGUUGUAAAUGGAUCCAAUCCCUAAAUCCCAUGUGCUUCUAAACCUCCCUGAGUUUGGGUAGUGACUGAUCCGGAGCUAGUAACAGUGAUCUCUCAGGCACACUGCCAGGUGCAUGUGCCAUCCUUCUUGGGAAGGGAGGCCCCAGAAUCUGGCCACCUAGACCCCAGAACUAGUGCCCCAGCUAUGCCAAGGCCAGUGGUUUAGACAGGUUCCCCCAGAGUCCACUUAGUUGUCACAGCUCUGGUUUUCUAGUUAUACCGUUCAGGGACAACCUGGCAGCAAAGCAAUGAACACAGGCUUAGCAAAGGAAUUCUUAACCACAAUCACUUUAUUGUUAAAGCAAAAGGAAGUUACAGAUCUAUGGAAAUCAACAAACGGUCCUGAAUGCAAUCCCCCUGGUCCAAUCUCACCCUGUCUGGGAAUCCUGGUUCUGGUCAGCGUCCUCAGGCAGAUACUGUCUUGCCGUCAC